AUGGUCAAACUCGCACUCAUCGGCGCGGCCGGCCAAAUCGGCACUCCGCUGAGCCUUCUCUGCAAAGCAAGUGACCUGUUUGACGAGAUCGCACUCUAUGACCUCGUUCACGUCCCCGUCGCCGCCGCGACCCUGCAGCAGGCGGGGGGCUCCGCCUUCGCCGCGCAGGCGUUGAAAGACGACAUGGACCCAACGCGCCUCCGCGUCAUCGUGGUCGGAGGGUACAGCGGCGCGACAAUUGUGCCGCUAUACAGCCAGGCGCAGCCGCCCAUCCACGCUGACGAGAAACCCCUGGCUAGACUUGUGCAUCGCGUGCAAUUCGGCAGCGAUGAAAUUGUCACCAGCAAGCAGGGCGCCGGAAGCGCCCCGACGUGCAUGGCCUACGCGGGCUUCCGGUUCGUCCAGUCUGUGCUAGCCGGGUUGCGGGGUGAGGAUGUCACUGAGGACGCGUUUGUGUAUUUACCUGGAAUCGAUGGGGGGAGGGAGAUGGCGGAGGAGCUUGGGGUGGAGUACUUCGCUGUGCGGACGGUGCUGGGGCGGGACGGUGCAAUCAGGAUUCUUGCGGUUGGCAAUGUUAAUGAGAAAGAGAAGGAGAUGCUGGAGGUUGCGGUUCGGGAGCUGUGGACGAAUAUUGCAACGGGGUUGGCGUUUAUGGAUUGAGCUGUUUCCCCAUCCCCAAGCGAACUUGGUCGUAAUGGAGAGAUGGGAGGAAACAGAUUCGACAGAAACUACCGUCACGUACUACUGUCCAACAGCGAAGAUGAUGUGAAGGGAGUAUAUUGCAGUUAACCAGAACUAAAACCCUAUCGCAAUUACAAAUUGUCAAUACCAUCCACCAUCCUCCACUUUUCUCCGACCAACACAUGAAGAAACAGUAUGACUAUCCCCGACCACAGACAUAUACCGAACCGUCUCAAACAGCCCGACUUGCUUGGAUCAACCGCGUCCAGACCGGAAAUGCCACAACUACCGACUACGCUGGACAGCAUUUACUGGGUGUACAGGCAGCCGUUGGG